UUCUGACUGAGUCUGUUGUCUUCUAGACCUCUACUAUCAUCAUCUGCAACAAAACGCCAAGAUAUGGUGAAAGGCUUCCUGCGGAGUCCCGAGGGGCUCUUCCAGUUGUCACCGAGCGUCACAUUAGUCGGACGAGAGAAUUGUGACUUAAACAUCCAGCUAUCGUCAAUAGAAUUACAGCACGCUGUUAUCGAGUACAGCGAUGCCGAAAGCUGUUUCGUGAUCCAGGACCUGAACACUGCGCAUGGAACGUACGUCAACGACUGCCGCGUUCAGAAUGCUGCCGUGAGGCUGGCUCCGGGAGACAGUAUCAGGUUUGGGUACACGGGAUUCCCGCAUGAAUUGGAGGUGGAAGAUGACCAGGUAUCUUAUCCGCCUGUUGGUGGUAAUAGGGGUGGAGCCAGGAUGAUGCAAGAGAGUGUACCCCUCACCGACUACUCCCAGUCCCAGCUCCCAUACCUCAACAACCAUGCAGGGGGUGACGCCCCUUACGGCCAACCCCAGCAGUCCACCCUCCCUUCCCUGGGAGGGGGCUCAUCAGCUGCCCCACCCCCAGCAGUAUGGGGGACCCCACCCACAGGCGUUAGUGGGGGUGGGGUGAUACCGAGACCCCCCAGAGCCAGACCGACGAGUGCGGGUAACAGGAGGGGGAGCGGAAGUGGACCGGGGACUGGGGGAGGGGUGCAUAUUGCAAGUCAGAGCCCUACAAACAGCCCUCUCCCACCAAGACGAGCCGUAACAGGAGGAUGGGUUGGUUCAAGUGGAGCUCGAGGUGUAACGUCCACUCAGCAGGUCAAUGGCAGUCCUAACACAAGAGCGUCACCGGUCAAUGACAUGUUAGCUGCUCAUGAAAAGGAUCAGAGGCUGCUCAGAAUGGGUGACGAAAUCAACCGACUGGCUGUUUUCGAGGCUGAAUCCCAGCGGAAGGACGGGGUCAUCGGUCAGCUGCGGUCGGACAUGGAAUCCUUGGCCAUGCAGUCACACCAGGCCCAACAGCAGCAGAAACCUCCUCCGGUAGCCGAUACCACGGUCCAGAAGAGACUCAAGGAACUGGAGAAGGAUGUCAAUCUGAAGCAGCUCGAGGUCAAUGCACUGAAGGAAAAGAUGUCCAAGAUGAGGAUGGAGAGCACCGAUCCCAUGGAGAACAUCGCCCACCUGCGCUCCCUGCUCCACCAGCGGGAGCGGGAGCUGGUCUCCCUGCGCCAGGAGGUGGACAAGCUCCGCAAGGAGAAGGGCACCAGCUCCGCCCUGAUGACCAAGCUCCAGCGCGACCUCACCACCAAGGAGGGCAGCAUCUCCAGGAUGAGGGGCGAGGUGGAGCUCCUCAAGAAGGAGCUGAGGGAGAAGGAGGUGGCCAUCUCGGCGCUGGCCGCCAAGUUCUCCCGCAUGAGGGAGACCAAGAAGCACGAGGAGGAGCUGGCGGCAAGGAACAAGGAGGUGGUCACACUCAAACAUAAAUUGAAAGGUGCCGAGAGCAAGGUCGAGGCACUCACGAAACAGACCGCUGAACAGAAAGAGGAGAUUGAUAAGUUAACAGCUCAAGUUGAAGAUGAAUCAAAGACAAAACAGAGGUUUAAAGAUGAGAAGGAAGACAUGAAGAAGAAAUUCCUGGAGUCUCAGAGAUUAGAGAAGCAAGCCAGAGUAGACAUCGACCAAGCUAAGAAACAGCUGGAGCGCUUUAGACAAAGGGUCAUGCAGACGACUUUCUCGGCUCCGGGAUUCCGUGUGCCUGACGACGAAUCGACCGUCACGGACGACAGCCUCUUGGAGACGAUGACCAAGCUCAUCACGGAACGCAACGAGGCGAAGAACAAGUUGCGAGAACUCAAAGACACCAUGAAGGGUCUGGAGACAUCGAGCAAGGAGACUAAGUCUAGCCACAAGACACUCAAGCAACAUCUGAUAGCUGCGGAGAAACGUCUUGAAGAAGGAGGCAGAACAUGUUCCCACAUUCGUAACGAGAUCAAGCUCCUCCAGUCGGUCACCGUGGAUGAAUCCUUACAGAACGUCAAAGACACCAUCGCUAUGAUGCUCCAGAAUGAGUUGGCAUGGCAACAGUCGUUUGAGACCACCCUGGAGAAGUGUGGCUUUGACAUCAAGACUGGUGGCAAAGAUCUUCAAGCCCACAUCGAUAAACUGAGAGACCAGGCUAACAAGGAGAAGAAACUGAAGGAGGAGAUUCAGAUGAGCGUCGACACCAUGUCAUCGGGGGUCAGAUCGGAGAUGGAGAGGAAGCUGGAGAGACAGAAGAUGGAGCAUGAAGAGACGAUGAAGUUCACCAUGGAAAGAGUCAAAUUAGAAAGUGUCAAAGAAAUGCAAACAGCCGUUGAAGAAGCAAGACAAUCUGAGAAGACGAGAUUGGAGGAGACUUUGCAGUCAGAGAGACAGAAGGUACAACAUCAAGAGCAGAGCCUGGAGCAGCUCAGACAGGCUCUGACAGAAAGAGGUACAGAUGAUGAGAAAUAUGUCACCAUGGAGAAGAGUCUGAAAUCACAAAUCGAAGAACUCCAGAAAGAAGAGAGCAGGCUGAGGGAGGAACUCAGUCUCCACCAGGAGCAGCACAAGAGCUCCGCCUUGAAGGUCGAAGGUCAGGUGACGGAGAUGCUGGAGUCCCACGAGAAGCAGGCAGCCGGGUUCAAGGAGCAGAUCCGCCAGCACGCCCUGACCAUCGUCUCCUUGGAGGAGAAGGCUAAGAAGACACAGAAGGAGCAUCAGGCCUCCAGGAAGGAGGCCAAGGAGCUGGAGAAGAAACUUGAAGGUGAUUCAAACCAAGCAAGUGGAGGAGGAAUUGAAGAGAAUCAAGGCUUCUUCCCGGCCAAGCCUGUCAUCGUAACUCAACCAUCUGCAGAGGUACCGGCCCUUCAACACGCCAUCAACCUGAUCAAGAGGGAGAACGGUCAGCUGAAGAAGGAGAUGCAGGACCAGCAGGACGUUGUCUUGGGUCUCAGGAGAGACUUGGCUGGAGCCUCGGCCAGACUCUCAGACAUGACAGGAGAGCUGAGUGACCGUCAGAAGGAGGAGAUGGAGAACCAGAAGGCUCUCAUCAAGGACCAAGAGGCCGAACUGACCACUCAGAGACAGCAGCUGGUCAAGCUGUCCGAGCUGGUGGACAGGAAGGGGAUCGAGACGGAGAACAUGGUCAAGGAGAUUGCUGCACAGAAAGAACUGUUGCUGAGACAAAAGAAGGACACCGCAAUCAAGGACUCUGAGCUGAACAGAUUGGAGCAGAACCUCAAGCAGGAGCAAGUUCAAUCCCAGAAGGCCAAGCAGGAAGUAGAACAGGAGGGUUUGAUCACGAGCGAGUUGUCAACCACAGGAGCACAGUGCAGAGGAGAGAGACACGCAGAGGUCAUCUCUAGGCAACGAGAAGCUCUCGGAGAGCUGAGAGGCAGAAUAAAAGGCAUGGAGCAGAACAGACCCCCAUUACCCACUCAAGACCAGGCCUUACAGCAGGUCAUCCUCCUCAAGAAAGAGCUAGCCGAGAUGAGGGCCAAGCAAGCCCAGAUCUCGGCCAUGUCAGGUCAGUCCUCCUCCCCCGAUGUCCUGCUGGAACGUGAGGUCGCCAAGGCCAGAGGUCAAAUCUCGACCUCCGUCUCGGACGCAGCCAUAGAGAGGAGCGCCAGGGUGGAGAUCCAACAAUCCAUGGAUAAGAGCGAAACAGCUUACAUGGAGCUGUCCGGGACGGUCGCCCGACUGCUGGGGCUGGGUGAGAUCCCCGGCCAGGAAUCGCUGGCCCACUUGCCGGACGAGAAGGAGCGCAUCAUCAAGGAGAGGGGCAGCAGCCACGAACUCAUCUUGAGUCGGCUGAAGACGCUCAACCAGCGUCUGGAACGCAAGGACGCCCUCCUGCAGGGCUACGAGAAGGACCUUGAGAAGCUGCGAUUGGCCGAGAGGGUAGCCAAUGAGAAGGCAGGCCAGGUGGAGAGUUUGGCGGGUGAUGUUAGGAGUCGCCAGGAGGAGUCACACUACCUGAGAGAGACCCUGAGGAGAACGAGAGAAGAACUAGAUAAGGAGAGGAGACUCAAUAGUGCAAUCAAGAGUAAAAAGACAUUCCAUCUUGAAAACGAUGAGAAGAACAAGCAAGUGUGGCCCAAACACAAGUGCUAUGAAGAUGAUGCCAAGACGAAUAAGAAGGAGGGCAAGAAGAAGCUGCAACAGGAGAAGUUUAUACGCAAGGAAUACGAGAUAGAAACACUGAAAGCGGAACUAGAAGCCAAGGAUCAAAAGCUAUGUGAGACCACAGCUAGACUCAUCAACAUGGAAAAUGCUGCUAUGUCAUGAUUCCUUUGCUCCAAAACAUCUACGUCUGGUUAGCUAUCCUCCAGGUCAACGUCCCUUCCACCUUUCUUUCACAUGGGAACAGAGUAAUCGCAUCAAAAAGGUCAAAGGUCAAAGUUCAGAUAUCACCAAAGGGAAGAAAGGAUGUGUCAUCCUGCGUAUGAUGUUACAUUAAUGAUGAUAGUAAUGAUAAAUCUGGAUUUAUAUAGUGUUUAGUACCGAAGAGCGUCUCUAAGCGCUUUAAAGAUAAUAUUAUUACCCCAAUCUUAAUAGAAUGUGUUUAAAAACAAGAAAGCAAAAGAGAUUUGUUAAAUGCCAGAUGGCAGCGUACUCAAUUUUGUAUUCAUUUAAGAGCGUGUACUGCUAGUUUGUAAAUCACUACAUCACCUUGAUCUAGAUGUAAAUGAAAUGUAAAAGUUGAGCAACAUUUGACUUUGACUUGUACUAUUUAAUAAUAGAUGUGUAGUUCAUAUUCAUUAUUCUUGUCCUGAAUCAGGCCAUGAUUUCUUUUCUUCUCAAAUUUAGCCUAAAGGUAAUUUUGCAGUUCUUGUAUUAAAAAUGAAUGUCUUUUAUAUUCUAACGAUGGAAACUGCUAAAUGAAGCCGUCUUGAAUAAAAAUGUAAAACUGAAGGUAUGGACAAAACGCAAUUGGGAAGGUAGUAAAAGAUAUAAGGAAUAAUUCAAAACACUUGAAAAUCAAGUCUUGAAAUAUCUCGAUAGUACAUACCAAACUAGGAGAGCCCAUAGCAUUUAAGUCUUAAGAAUAAUCUAUUUUGUUGCUUAAAUUUAGCAACAAAAGUAAAAGAAAUAAGAAAUAAUUUAAAACACUUGAAAAUGAAGAUUUGAAAUAUUUUGAUAGUACAUACCAAACUAGGAGGGCACAAGGCAUUUGAGAAUGAUCGAUUUUAUUGCUAAAAUUCAAUUAAUUGUAAAAAUAAGUUUAGGAUGUAAUGCAUACUCAUUUAAGAUAUUGUACAGUUAAUGCGGAAGCAUCUAUUUUCGGGCAUUAUCUAAAUAGCAUACAAGGUCUUGGUAGCUGUGUGAUGUGUCAGUUGUUUCAAAAUUUCUUCACAGUUUGUCUCAAUUGUAAUGAAACAGGUAUAGUUUUGAAUUUUGUUCUGAUGAAUUACAAUGAUUGAUUUGAAAGUUGUAGAAUACUAAAUGUUUUUGCCUUUUUAAAGAGAUUUAUUUCCAAUCUUGAAAUCAAAA